GGAAUUAAAAAAAAACUUGACAGAUAAAGAAUUCAGUCAGAAUUGCAGCCUAACCUCUUUUUAUGAGAAUUUAUUUUAGAAAUUGUUAUAAAUAAUUACAUAACACGCAUCGCAAUGGCUUCGUUAACCGUGUAUUCAGUGGGUAAACUAACGAAAUUCAUUACUGGACCGACAUUGAAGUCUCUCCGUGCCAAUGUAUACAGAACCACAGUCCAAGGUUACAGCACAGAGGAAAAGAGCAAAGCUGAGCCGGAGGCAGAUAGCAAGCUGCCGGGCUCCAUCGAGGAGUGCCACAAGCAGAUCGAGACUCUCACCAAUGACCUCAACACAGUACGGGCUCAGGCCAGAGAUUAUGAAGACAAGUACAAGCGCGCGCUAGCCGACGGGGAGAACGUGCGGCGCCGCAUGAUGAAGCAGGUGGACGAUGCCAAGUCCUUCGCCAUACAGAGCUUCUGCAAAGACCUGCUGGAUGUAGCGGACACGCUGGCGGCGGCGGCGGAGAGCGUCCCGGAGAGCGAGGUGUCGGAGGGCGGCGCGGCGGGCACGGAGGCCGGCGCCGCGGCCGCGCUGCGCUCGCUGCACGACGGGGUGCGCCUCACCAGGGCGCAGCUCACACAGGUGUUCAGCAGACACGGGCUGGUGUCAGUGUCGCCCCUCCGGGAGAAGUUCGACCCCAACCUACACGAAGCACUAUUCCAGCAGGAGGUAGAAGGCGCGGAGCCCGGCACAGUGGUGGCGGUCAGUAAAGUCGGCUACAAACUGCACGAGCGGUGCGUGCGACCGGCGCUAGUGGGCGUCGCCAAGUGAUGGACAUACACACAACAUGAUAUAUAUGUAAUGUAUGUUUGUUUGUACACUCAGCCAACUAUUCAGUAUAUAGGUAAGAAAAUAAAGAUAGAUUCAGUACUGAGACA